ACAUGCGGCCAUGCGACGCUCCUCAUCACUCACCCAGCCCGGUCAGCCACCAGGCGGCACGUCGGCGCCUCCUUCGCCACCACGCCGCGCGGUCACGUCAGUCACGCACGCCGCGGCAGCCGCGCCGCGCGCCACCUUGCCGCACCCGCACGCCACCUUCCCCGUACCAGGUCGCCCCGGAAUGCCGCCGCGCGCGGCCAACGACACGCCACCUUCACGCCCGCACUCCUCUCGCCAAUAUUAUUGUCCUUUUUUCUUAUUAUAAUUAUAAUUUCCACGAGCAUCCAGCUUUUCCUUCCAGCGCUCGGCCCAGCGCAGCCCUCCGAUCCGCUCGGCCAGGGGAAUCCGACGGCCACGGGGGAGGGGAGGCGAGGGCGCCAGCCUCCGAUGGUCAAGGCGUCAACCCCACAAGCCGCGGUAGGCGCCGCCGCCGCGGCCGCUGCCGCCCACCGCCCGCCGCCCACCGCCACCUCCUGUAGCCGCCCAAACAUGACUCCGCCUCCGUUAUAACCCCCCUCCGCCUCCGCCUCCACCCCUGCCCACCCCCGCCUCGCCAUCAACGCCAUGGCCCCGCCUUCUCCCCCCGCCCACGCGGCCCGGCGCGUGCCGCCCCCGUGCUGGACCCCCGAGGAGACCGUCGCGCUCGCGCGCGCCUACACCGCGCGCCGCCUCGCCGUCGGCCGCGCCCACCUCUCCUCCGCCGACUGGGCCGCCGUCGCCGCGGCCGCCACCCCGUCCAAGACCGCCAGGCAGUGCCGCCACAAGGUCGAGAAGCUCCGCCGCCGCCUCCGCUCCAAGCGCCGCCGCCCCUGCCCCAUCCUGGACGGCAUAGAUCUGCUCGACGACCCUUCGUCGUCCCCCUCCCGCUCCCACUCCCCGUCCCCGCCGCCGCCCGCCUCCCCGCUUCCCCCCUCUCCCUCCCCACCCAAGAAGAGGAAGCGGCCCGAUCCCGAUGAAGAAGGGUAUGCCGGGGAGAGCGACGUGGUGCAGGCGGUGAGGGCGAUCGGAGAGGGAUUCGUGCGCGCCGAGCUGAGGAGGAUGGAGGCGGCGAGGGAGUCGCAGCGGAUGCGCAUGGAGAUGGCGCUGCGGCACCUCGACGCGCAGCAACGGCUCCUGGAAGGCCUCGUUGGCCGCAUCGUCGACGCGUUGGAAUGAAGCGGUGGCGCGGCAAAGGUGUCCCUUCCUUUCAAGAUCUUUCGUGCUUUCUCCUGGUUACACACUCCCUGGCGAGUUGAGGUGUUAGAGCUGUGUCCUUCAUAUACUCCAUGUACCUGUUAUGGUCUGAUGGAUCAUGGUUGUCUCAUCACAUAGAUGUAGAUGCGUAGAGAGCAAAUCCUGCUGCUUUUACUGUCUUUUGUAUAGUUGUCUGGCCGAGUGGAAGCACUUCUUAUGGGAAAGAAAUGGAUCUUGAGUUUUCUUCA